AUGCGCGGGCAGAUGCUGGUGGGAAGGCUUCGUACCGCCUCACGGCAUGCGAACGCCGUCAGUUCGACCCGCUACAUCCAUCGUUUCCAAACUGGUGGCCUUCUGCAGGCAGACGGCUCGAUUCGCGCAACACAGCGGCGUAUGUGGCUUGGUGGUAACGCUUUUCAUAAUGCGGUUACUGUUCGCAAUGCAUCUUUCGUUAGGUUCCUACCGAAGUUGAUGCUGAAGUUUGUACGAAUUCCUGCAAUGUUUGGCGGCCUGGCAAUAGCAACUUUUGCCUGGGUUCAGUAUCAGGCAACCCAGGCUGGCGCAUACGCCAUCGAUGUCUUCCACUCGACAAAAGACGCAGUCACGAACACCGCUUCGAAUCUUUUCGGUAGCGCAAAGGGGGUUGCCGAGCAAACAUACAAGGGUUGGGAAAAUACGAAGGAGCAAAUCGAGCUUCCAGAAUGGUUGAAGAAUCUGAUUCAGCCCACCCAAGAAGCUACCGGCGGCAGCGGCGGCAACAAUGGUGGCAAUAACGACCCCAAGCACAGCAAACUCGGGGCGGCCACGGCUGUCGGAGCUGCUGCGGCUGGUUACGCGCACGAGGGAGAAGACGAUUCAUCGAGCGAAGAGGAAGCCAGGGACGAUCAAAUGAUGAUCCUUACCAAGAAGAUGAUCGAAAUUCGGACGAUUCUACAAAAAGUUGGCCAGUCUAGCACACUUACACUGCCAUCGAUCGUCGUUAUUGGUUCUCAAUCUUCGGGUAAAAGCUCGGUGUUAGAGGCGAUCGUUGGUCACGAGUUCCUUCCCAAGGGGUCAAACAUGGUAACUCGCAGACCUAUCGAGCUGACUCUUGUCAACACGCCAGGAUCUGCUGAGGAAUAUGGGGAGUUUCCCGAUCUUGGUCUCAAGCACAUCACUGAUUUCACCUCCAUUCAAAGAACUUUGACCGACCUCAAUCUGGCUGUUCCAGACUCCGAAUGCGUGUCUCACGAGCCCAUUCAACUCACAGUUUACUCUCCGAAUGUACCGGACCUAUCGCUGAUAGAUUUACCCGGCUAUAUCCAAGUGGUAGGCCAAAACCAGCCAUUACAGCUGAAACAGAAGAUAUCGGAACUUUGCGACAAGUACAUCCAGCCGCCCAACGUGAUCCUCGCCAUAUCUGCCGCGGAUGUCGAUCUUGCCAACUCUACUGCUCUGCGUGCCUCGCGGCGAGUCGACCCACGAGGCGAGCGAACUAUUGGAGUAAUAACCAAGAUGGAUCUCGUGGAUGCGGCACGAGGAGCAGAAAUCCUGAACGAUAAGAAAUACCCACUACGCCUCGGCUAUGUCGGCGUCGUAUCAAAAGCACCUCAGUCCCAAGGAUUAUUCAAAAAAGGCUCAUCAAAUCUGCUGGCCACUAUUACGAAAAACGAAAACUCAUUCUUUUCGUCACAUCCACUGGAAUACGGCCCGGAAGCUGGAGUCAACGUCGGAACAACAACACUUCGAAAGAAGCUCAUGCAUGUGCUGGAGCAAACCAUGUCUUCCAGCUUGCAGACUACAAGUGAUGCUAUCCGUCAAGAGCUCGAAGAAGCCACAUAUGAAUUCAAGGUGCAAUAUAACGAUCGCCCACUGUCCGCGGAGUCAUAUUUGGCGGAAAGCCUCGAUGCUCUGAAGCAUUCAUUCAAGCAAUUGACGGAACAAUUCGGUCGACCUCAGAUGCAUGAACUUUUGAAGAGUGAAUUGGACCAGAAAGUGCUCGAUUUGCUCGCAGCCAGGUACUGGAAUAAACCAGUCACAGACUUGCUGCCUCCACCUCCCGAAACAGACAGGUUAGCGGAUCUACCCAAGGCUGAUGCUGACUCGCUUUACUGGCGUCGUCAGCUUGAUGCUUCCUCUUCAGCAUUGACAAAGCUUGGUGUUGGGAGAUUGGCAACCACUGUCGUUUCCACUGCGAUUCAAGAUCACGUUGAAGCGCUUCUGGACCAGUCCAGCUUUUCCAAUCACCCAUUCGCAAGAAGCGCAGUCAUGGACGCUGCAUCAACAAUCUUGAAUGAGCGAUUCUACAGUACCAGCGACCAGGUCGAAAACUGCAUCAAGCCUUAUAAGUUCGAAAUCGAUGUCGAGGAACGAGAGUGGGCUCAAGGGAGACAACAUGUCAGCAAUACCUUAAAGAAAGAAUUGCAUGAUUGCGAAACGGCGCUUUCAACGCUUGAGGCUAAGGUUGGCGGACGCCGUAAACUGAAUGAGGUUAUGUCAUUUGUCGACAAGGCUCGCAAAGGCGAUGUUAUCGUGGAAGGCGACGGGCGCAGUGGCGCUGGUGGAUUCAGCGCUGCAUUGCUCAGCAAAGGCAAGGAACUCGAUCUUCGCUUGGGCAAGCAUUUGUCAGACGCUGAUAUCGAGAGAUUCGCCAAAGAGGAUCCCAAAGUCCGCCGUCAUUUGGAGGUUAUUCGCAGGAAAGAGUUACUAGAACUUGUACUGGAUAAGAUGGAGAGCUUGAAACAGUUGGAAGGCCUCGAACGGGAGCGCCUCGCGUCCAACCGUAAGCUUCCUAAAGAACGUGGCAGAUGGGGACUAUUCUAG